AGCUGGCGACGCUCACUGUCACCGAACGCCACCGUCGCCGUCAGCACCGCUUGAAUCGGACGACCGUCCUUACUCUAUACAUUCGCGGGAGGCGUGUAUGGAAACUGCACCACCUACAUGCAACCAUCUGGCUGGACUUUUUCGAUGGCGAAUUUGUCUCGUCUAUGUUCGUCUCGUAUGCUUAUUCGCUUCCUUGCCUCUCGCGCGCCAUUGGUCCACCUCUCCAGCCGGUUUCCAGAACUUUGCUUAGUUAGCGCCGCCACUGUCCAUCUCGGUCUCGAUCCUGAUUCUGAUACUCUGAAUCGUAUCUCUACUUACAUAUGGGACCUCAUCAUCAACGGGCCCCGGCCCAUCCGAGCCAAGAGAACUUAUUGUGUUCUCCCAAAGCAGCGCGGAUGCAUGGCCCUGUACGCGGAUCUCUCCGCUUUGAACGCUCUGGCGUCCCGCGGAAUCAGCGUCAGCGGCAAGCACGUGCACUUCUCACUUCCCUUUACUUGUUAUCCAAGUUCGGACACCGUCGGACCUGUGCUUUGUCUGAUCAUCUCUCCGGGACUAUAGCUCGAGCUCGAGGCUACAUGCGGGAGGACGGAAGAAUGUAGAUCGACCGCCCCAGUAGGCUCACGGGCUUGGUCAGGCGCAGCCGCAAAUCGACGAAGUCAUCGACCGAUAUCUGUAUCAGGCUAGGCCACUGGCCCUCGCGUAGGUCUAUCAUUUUCGUCAAAGGUUAUCCAUACCUUAAGACUGCUGAUGUUUUCUUCCCAAGUUCGUAUUUCUGCAAAAUGGGAUUGGGGUGUUGACCGAGUGUCCUUAAUGACGCGUUACGCCACGUAACCUUUCCCCCGCAAUGUCCGUCGCACAUACGGCGUGCGGCGUGCCCUGGACGUUCCUGUACCCUCCUGUAACCUGCACUUGCUCUGGGAGCUGGCAUCGACCCAACUAGGCAUGAAGUAGCCUAGGAAUACAUCAAGGGGUUGUCCCUCGCCCACACAUACGCUAGGUACGCGGCUGACUGUGCCCACUGCCCAGGGACUGCUCGAUCGGUCUCUGGCUGGAGCCUUGCUGCAGGAGUUCUCCAGGGCAGUCAGCUCGGUCGCCCGAGAGCGGCGGCUAUUCGCGGUGCCACACACGUCAUCAAAGGCACAGACG